AUGCGAGCGCAGAAGAAGCAGGACCUUGGAUUGGUACCGCCGCCCGAGUCGGCAUCUCGUAGGGAACACGGUGCCUAUGCCUCCAUCUCGCGCCAGGACGAGCCGUUCAUUUCAUGGAUUCUCAAGCAGCCGGUGGACGACGACGACAACCUGUACAGCAGCGCCACAGCGCCUUACCUGACAGCUUCUGGCAUGCUCGACAAGGCCCGCUCCAUUGGCAAUGCUGCUUCCCAGGUCUCGGCCGCUGCCUUCCUGCGAAGCUGGCGUAUGCAAGGAUCGCCUUUU